AGGAUCGGCGCAGAACGGCCCAAUGCACGAUGGCCCCACCUGUCGGCGCGCGGUAGAGAACGGGGUGGCAAAGUGGAGUCUGGACUCUGGAGUGGAGAAAAAGGGUAAGACUUUGGCCGCCCAGGCCCUGACCCAAACCCCUGACCGUGGCGACGGCGGUCGAUCGACGUCGACGGAGGCAGCUAGGAGGUUUGCGACGAUUAACCGGUCGCCCCUGGAUUUUGUGCGUGUGGAGGCAAUGCUAGCGCGUGCGUCUGGCUUUGUGGGCAAAGCAUGGAAGCGAACACCCAAUUUGUCGGUCCAGGUCUUGACCUCGCCGCGCCGCUGCUCCUACAUGCCACCGCAGCUUCGUCAUCUCCACAGUACGCCGACACAGCGGGAAAUACUCCCCGAAGAACAGCAGCUGCUGCAAAAUAAUAGCGUAGGAGCUCUACCAAGGCUGGACUGUAUCUCCAAAGAGAACUGGAGCAAACAGCGCAAUAAUGUCAAUAUGCAGAAUUCAGCUGUUGCUGCUGUCGACUCUAUUAGGGAUACUGUUGAGGGGAGUUUUGACCAGAGGUUUGCAACACUGAAGAGCAUUGGGGAGGAUCGCGUCAAUGACCGCGAGCUUGAGUUACUGCUAAAAAGGAAAUCUGCCCCCAUUUGCUAUGUUUGGUGUGAUCCCUCCCCCUGGAUGCACAUAUCUGAGGGCAUCAUAAAGACUCUCUGUGUUAAUAAGAUGGUUAAUUCUGGUUGUAAAGUCAAAAUCCUAAUGACAGACUGGUUGGCCCGGAUGGACGAUAACAUUGGUGGCAAUCUAAAUAAAAUGCGGAAUAUUGGCUUGUACAAUAUUGAGAUUUGGAAAGCAGUUGGCAUGGCUCUUGAUAGGGUAGAGCUAGUGUGGUUGUCAGAUGAAAUAAAUCGGCAUGCCAAUAAAUAUUGGCCACUCGCCAUGGAUGUUUCAAGAAAAACCACUGUGCAUAGAAUAAAAAGGUGUUAUCGGAAUAGAGAUCCUUUUGAAGAAUUCACUGCUGCUGAUAUAUUUUACCCUUCCUUGCAGUGUGCUACUAUAUUGUUUCAGAAGGUUGACAUAUGGCUGUUGGGCAGGGCUCAGCAUGAGGCCAACUUGUUAGCUAGAGAAUAUUGCAAGCGUGUAAGAAGGGGAAAUGAGCCAAUUGCUCUGUCACACAAUAUACUUCCGAAUUUGUUACUGUACCCUGAAGAAGAACAUAGGAGGAAUCCAUUUCUGGCUAUCUACAUGGAAGAUAUUGAGGUUGAUAUCAGUAGAAAAAUAAUACAUGCUUUCUGCCCUCCAAAAUUGGUGGAAGGCAAUCCGUGUUUGGAGUACAUAAAAUAUAUUGUCUUACCGUGGCAUGGAAAGUUUGAGGUGGUUCGGAAGAAAGAGGAUGGUGGUGACAAGACGUUCCUGAGCAUGGAGGAGCUUACAGCUGAUUAUGUAAGUGGGGCUCUUCAAACUUGAAGCUGGCCCUUGCAAAUUCUUUAAAAAUAAUAUUGCAGCCGGUCCAUGAUCACUUCAUAAGAAAUGCUGAAGCAAAAAGCACAGUGGAAGACAUUAAGGAAUACUACAUUGCAAAGUGAGGAUCUCCGAUGGCUAGGAAUUGUAGAACACUACACUUGGGAGCAGUGGUCACCAAACGCAUGCAAUUAAGGAUUUGGGAUGUAUUUUUUUUUUUUAAAAAACUGUGGUAUUAAGUUUGAAACCUUCAAAAACUAUACUAUCUCCAUCCUUGAGUUUAGGUAUAUGAUGUUUACACAAGCUAAUUAGUUCUAGUUAACUUGUCCUAACAUCAAUAUUUGAGGACGGAGGGAGUAUAGUUGUUCCUUCCUUACGGAUUAGGCCAAAACUAGCGACAAGAUUGCUUUGGCAACGCAGCAGUUGCGUA